AUGGGCCCGAAGAAAAAGAGUAAGACUGAGUUACCGACCAAGGCGGCCCAAAAACCUUCAACGCCUACAGUCACGCCCAACUGGCCAGCGUUCGCACCGCUGAUUCCUGAGUCCGAUCUUUCGCUGCAGGAGACGCUAGCCGGGCAGAUUGUGACUAUACCAAAUUUCUGGACAGCAACCUUGUGCAAGACUUAUGUAUCGUUCUUAUCAUCACUCCCACUGUCUACGACGCCCGGCAAGCCCAAGAAAGGCGACGCUGUACGCGUAAACGAUCGCUUUCAGAUUGAUGACCCAGCGUUCGCCGAAAGGCUGUGGAGCGGCACUGCUUUGAAGAACCUCGUGCUCGGGAAUGGUGAGAACGACGGACUUGGCUUGGAUGAAGCACAGCGAAGAAAGCUCUGGGGCGGCGAAGUGAUCGGCCUCAACCCGAACAUCCGCAUAUAUCGUUACACGAAAGGGCAGUUCUUUGAUCAGCACUACGAUGACUCGAACAAUGUUACUCUGCCUGGCAGCCCCUCUGUGCCUGCGCGAACGACUUGGACCUUGUUGCUUUACCUCACUUCUCCUGCGACUGGUUGUAUUGGAGGCGAAACAGUCUUCUACCCUGAACCAGAAACAGGGAAGAAGAAGAGCAGAGAGCCACCACCUGAACCUUUCGUUGUUGAACUUGAGGUUGGCCUAGCAUUGUUGCAUCGUCAUGGUGCGCAGUGUAUGUUGCAUGAAGGCCGCGAAGUUACAAAUGGCGAGAAGUGGGUUAUUAGAAGUGAUCUCUGCGUCAGACGCUAG